CAAAAAAAGAAAAAAUUUCGUUCAUCUCUUUCUUGUCGGCUCUAUUUAUUUUCGUUUUUUUUUUUCCCUGCUGUUUUCUUGCAUUCCAAUCACCCAUUUCUGUCUGUCAUGUUCAACACCAAGCAGGAAAAGCAGAAAGCUUUGUUUCCAUCCCCAAUGUAUGGUGCACCCCUUCUGCUGCUUCUCCUUCUUUGCUUCGCUGUCCCUUCUCUUUCUGAUCCAAGAGCUACAGAAGCAGCUCUGAUGUGUACAAACAGAACUACACCAUUUUCCGAUCGCAAUAUCUUCACAGACAAUUUCUUAGCGGCGUUAGACGCCUUGACCCCUUCAAUUGCUUGGCAAAGACACGCGUCUGUUAUUAAUGGGACCGGAAAUUCCACUGUUCAUGCUUUCGCACAGUGCAUGAAAGAUCUAUCUGAAUGGGAUUGCAAUGUCUGCUUCGCGCAGAUCAAGAGUCAAGUCCCGAGGUGUUUAGCGUUUCAGAGAGGGACUCGUGGGGGAAGAGUAUUCUUUGAUGGGUGUUAUCUCAGGUACGAUGAUUAUGACUUCUUCAAUGAGAGUCUCAGUGAUCAAGACAGAACUGUGUGUGGAAACAAAGAAUUUGGUGGGAAUCAGAGUGUAUAUGAGGCUAAUGCAAUGGAAUUAGUGAGGAAUUUGAGUGUGGAAGCACCGAACAGUGAUGGGUUCUUUGUGGGUUUCGUGAGAAGAAGUAACGUGACUGUUUAUGGGUUGGCUCAGUGCUGGGAAUUCGUCAAUGGAAGUGCUUGUGAGAGAUGUUUAGCAGAGGCUGUUAACAAUAUUAGUUCUUGUACUCCAAAAGAAGAGGGAAGGGUGUUAAAUGCUGGGUGUUAUUUGAGGUAUUCAAACCAGAAGUUCUAUGACAACUCAACCAAUCCCAUUACAGGAAAUCAAGGGAACAGCAGCUCUUCAACUAUAAUGCUGGCUGCAUCAAGUGCUGGAUCGGCUUUUGUGCUGGUUGUUGCUGUAAUUGCUUUCUUUGCAAGGAAAAAGAUGCAGAGGAGGAGGAGAGAAAGAAGACAAUUUGGUGCACUUUUGGACAGAGUUUACAAGUCCAAGCUCAAUAUGACAUAUGAGGUUCUUGAAAGGGCCACAAAUUACUUCAACACCUCCAAUAAGCUAGGACAAGGAGGUUCAGGUUCUGUUUAUAAAGGAGUUCUGCCUGAUGGGAACAUUGUUGCUAUCAAAAGGCUUAGCUUUCACACAGCACAAUGGGCAGAUCAUUUCUUCAAUGAGGUCAAUCUGAUAAGUGGCAUUCAACAUAAAAAUCUUGUAAGGCUUCUGGGGUGCAGCAUUACAGGACCCGAAAGCCUUCUUGUUUACGAAUAUGUGCCAAACCAAAGCGUCCAUGAUCACUUUUCUGUGAAGCAAAAAUCUCAGCCCUUGACUUGGGAAGCAAGGCGUAAAAUCAUAUUGGGAACUGCAGAGGGAUUGGCCUAUCUUCAUGAGGAAUCACCAGUGAGAAUCAUUCACAGAGAUAUAAAACUAAGCAACAUUCUGCUUGAGAAGGACUUCACACCCAAGAUCGCUGAUUUUGGACUUGCUAGAUUAUUUCCUGAAGAUGGGACUCACAUUAGCACUACGGUUGCCGGCACACUCGGUUACAUGGCUCCAGAGUAUGUGGUUCAAGGGAAGUUAACAGAGAAAGCGGAUAUUUACAGUUUUGGAGUUCUACUGAUUGAAAUUAUAUCUGGAAAAAGGAGCAGUUCUUUUGUUCUGAAUGCAUCCUCCAUCCUACAAGUGGUUUGGAAUCUUCAUAGGUCAGGCAACCUCUGUAACAUGGUUGAUCCAAGACUUGAGGGCAAUUACCCGUUCGAGGAAGCGUGCCGGCUACUUCAGAUAGGCUUGCUUUGUGCACAAGCGUCUGCAAAUCUACGACCAUCAAUGUCAGAAGUUGUGAGACUGAUCACCAGCAAUGAGGAAAUUCCUCAGCCCACAAAGCCACCAUUUCUGGUUCCAAGCAGUGUUGAAUGCAGCAAAGAUUAUAAUUUGCUUGCUUCAUCCGAUACACAUUCUUCAGAGGACAGCAUGACUGAAAGCCUUAUUCCUCCUAGAUGAGUCACACAGUACUGUUAUACAUGUCUAUUAUAACUAUGAGUUGUAUAUUCCUCCUUCGUACUAAAAGUUAGGAACCAAGUGCUUUGUGUAUAUUAAUUAAAGCUUCUUAGCAUAGAGCUGUUGUAUAAAAUGAUCUUUUUGAGUU